UACUCUGUGUUUCAGACGUCAUUGUAUUUUUUACCAUCAUCCUGCUACAUUAUUUUUUGAAUUGAUAUUUUUACGCUUUUACUAGGCCGUUGGGUGUAAAAACUCGGUUAUUUUAUAAGCACUUAGGUUUACUUUACAUUUAAGUAAGCUUAGUGCGUGUAUCAAUUAUUAUUGUGAGUUGGAUAUGUCUCAGUCUCGCACUCGUGGUACAAGCGCUGUAAGAAAAUCCGUGACCAAAGCAUCGGGGGAUGGCCGCAAGGAGGGGAAACCUCACAGCCAGGACAAAGACAAGAGCACAAUACCGAAAAACGUUCGGUAUGAGUUAGAAAAUGCUCUUUUGGGUCUAUGCGACGUCUGGUUCGAAGAGAUCAAACCUCACCUCGUCCGCAACAACAUAAAGCUACAUGUCCACGGGCGAGCGGACGCGGGCGACGGCACCCGUGGGGCACCCGCCUGCCGCCACCGCGACCCAGGUGCUCAUUCUCAUGGGCGACCUCGUUCAAAUGCGAGCUCUGCCGGCUGCUGUUCAGCGCGGCCGCCGGCAUCGACAGCGCCGUGUCGCAGUCGCUCGCCGGCGCCGGCACCACCCUCGCAGGAACCACUACUCCUGGUGAAACAGACGCGACCUACCAGCCCCGCGAAGCCCACCGUCCGUCGUAAACGUCCACCACAGGCUGUGGUGGACGGUGGUGGCGUGGGCUGUGGUCCACAGCCCACGUCCACACAGCCGGUGCCUCGCCCGUGCCGACAGUACCAGCCGCCCGCGGUCGCGUCUGCUGCUGACCGUACCGCUGCCUCCUCGCCGCCACCGCAUCAGGAUAUCCCCAGGCUGUAUGGAAUCACUGAGAUAUCAGUGACCAAAUCAAAUCGUAACAUUAUCAAAAUGAAUAAAGCAUGUUCCAAGACUAGAAAAAAUACAUCGAUGUCCUCUCCAACGCAGAAAGUAAAAGCUCCACCAAAUACUAAAAGAAGAAGUGGCUGCCAGUCUACUUCCCGAAGUGGAAGCACAAUGAAAACUGGACCAAAGCACUCUCGACAUAAGGCCUCUAACAAACGUCGCCCCAAGAAAAAAAGAGAGAAAAAGGACUCAAGUCUGUUGUUUCCCGAUGAUUUGGUCGAAAUGAUUGGCAGCGCUCAAGAGCAGCGGCUGAUCAUGCUGUACGAGAGUCCGAAAGACGAAUACUCCCUGGGCCUCCAUCAGAAUGAGGAUACAGGCAGAAGAUACCAACCUCUUUACAUACGCCGGCCGCCAUGGAGGUGAGACCUAACAUGUUGGACCUUAUUCUGAAGAUCGAUCGGUGAUAGUUUUACUUUGUAAUUAUCCUAUUUUCUAUAGUGGGCAUGCAUAAUAAGAUAAUUUUGAUAAGUAACUACAUUUAAAGAAAUCUGUCUUCUAUGUCUACUUUGGCUAGAUUAGAGGAAUGGCGAUUCAAUGGAAGAAUUGGAUUACGACAACCUUUAGUCUUUUGUUAUGUUGAUAUUUAUUUACUGUUUUACUUGUUAGGUAAUUAUAGUAGGACUUUUUGUACACUAAUAAAAUUUAAACAUUUUGAUAACAAUGACCAGUUUAUUUUCAAGGUUAACAUCUGUAGCUCUCUUUUUGUGACUUGUGAGUGCACUAUUUCUAAACUAAUACGUGGGAGUUUCUCUCGGCUGUUUGUUCGGCACAAUGUGUCAACAUUCCCACGCUUUUGCAUCAAGAAUGAUGCAGCUCCAUAAACAUCAAUUUAGAUUCAGUCGGAUGGACCUCGUUUAA